UAUGUGCUCGUCAUUGGUAUCGAUAAGUAUAGGCACCUUGAUGUCCUCCCGCUACACAGUGCAGUCAGCGACGCCAGUGACAUGGUGCACUUUCUGCACAAGGAAAUCGGGGUUCCGGACAGUCGAAUUCGGAGCCUCACAAACUCAGACGCUACUAGAGAUGAAAUGAUCUUGGCUCUCCAAGACCUUGCUACAAACAACGAUAUAGAACCAGACGAUCCAAUUAUCGUCUACUUUGCCGGUCAUGGGUCGGUGGCGGAUACCACCGAGAAGUCGCCAGAAGUCCAGAUGCUCUGCCCCUAUGAUUUCAUUCCACGAAGAGAGGGGACCGAAUGCGCUCAAGGUAUACCCUAUCAUACCAUCCGAGAUUGCCUCGAGAAGACUUACAAGGCAAAACGUAACAGCAUCACUCUGAUUCUUGACUGCUGCCAUGCCGGCGCGACCCUCAACGACAACAAUGAGCCGACAGACGACCCUUUUGUUUUACUAGCUUCCUGUGGCCCCAGGAAGCUUAGCAUGGAGGAAGGCGGUGGAGGGCUGUUUACAAGGGCUCUUCUACAGGUCCUGCACCGACGUCCUCAUGUCACGCUCGGAGAGCUCCGUAGGGAUUUAUCACUAUUUUACGAGUAA